AUGAAUUACCAAUGGUGGCUUUACUUGCUAUAUGCCAUCGGACUACUCAUGGCCCUGGGCCCAUCGUAUAUUCACCCUGAUGAACAUUUUCAAUGUAUCGAAAUUUUGGUCAUGCAAUUCACGAAGAUUAAAGGUACCGUACCAUGGGAAUUUGAUCCCAACUUUGCUGCCAGAAGUUACGUCCCCUUACUACUGAUUUACGGGCCACUGUUCACCAUCCUAAAGGCUUUUCCCAGCGUCCAUAAUAACCCAAUAUUAAUCCUGUAUUUAAUGAGAUUACAAAACUAUCUAAUGACUGUAUUGUGUUGCCAUUUUAUAAUACCCAAACUUGUAAGGAGUGAUAGAAAGACCGUACAAUCUAUCAAAAAAAUUUUAAUUCUAACUUCCUACGUGACGUGGACUUAUCAAACUCAUACGUUUUCCAAUUCCGUAGAAACACUUAUCUUGAUGACAAGCAUCACUUUAAUGGAAAGCAUAGUGGACGAAAAAAAUAUUGAAGAGAACAACUACAGAAAAUCAAUUCUAUUGGGAUUUACGUUCAGCCUUGGAGUUUUUAAUAGAGUCACAUUUCCUGCAUUUGUCCUUUUGCCGUGCUUGAUAAUAUUUUGGAAAUUUUACCGGAUUCAUAGGCGAUCCUUUACCUUGCUUUCACUUUCAUUUCUAUUUUCAUCAUAUCUAUUCGUUCUUAUUGACACAUAUAUCUUCAAUUGCGGAAAAGGAUUUGUUUUUGCACCUUGGAAUAACCUGAAAUACAACCUCAAUGUGCAGAACUUACAAUUACAUGGGUUACAUCCCAGAUAUACUCAUUUGCUGGUCAAUUUACCACAAAUACUGGGACCCGUUUUGGUGUUAGCAAUUUUGUCCGGUUACAAACUCGAUAAAUUGUCCACAUACGCAAUAGUAUCAGGUGUACUUUUUCUAUCGCUUUUCCAACAUCAAGAAUUGAGGUUCCUAAUUCCAUUAGUUCCACUGUUCGUGACGAAUUUAAAUUGGACCCCCAUGAGCUCGACCUUAGUAAACGGAACAUUGUUCAAAGGAGCUUGGUUUCUUUUUAACAUAAUCAUGGGCUUCAUCAUGGGGAUUUCUCAUCAAGGUGGAAUAGUCCAAUUUUUGGGAGAUUAUUCCAACUCACACACUGAACCGAUGGGUGUCCAUAUAUGGUGGAAAACAUAUUCGCCACCAACGUGGAUGUAUAUGAACGAUUCGCUAACUAUCUCUUCCGUUGUCGAUUUACAGAAUGGAGUUGAGUCGAUAGAGGAAAUAGCAUUCGACGUGGGCCUUCAUCAUGUUAUAGAUCUUAAAGGAAGUGAUCUGCCCCUUUUGAAGGAAACAGUCAAGCGAUUACGUUUGAACGGAAUCGAGACUCCGCUAAUUUUAAUAACGUCCGAUUCAAUGAUGUCACAACUGAAAAAAUUGAUGAGAGAUGAAACAAUAAAGUUGGUACCGAAUCGCCAUUACUCAUUUCAUUUAGAUUUGGACCACUUUGAUUUUAAUGAUUUCACGACUUUUAAGACGGGGCUUACCGCUUAUUCCAUUGAAUAG